AUGGCCGGGCCCAACUCGCAGCACUACGUGGACGCCGCCACAAUCUCCGUCAUGCUUCGCUUGGGUUGGGCACUCCACGCGCUGAGCUCCCAAGCUUACGGAGCCAAGAGGCUCGACAAGAUCGGGGUCUACUUCCAGACCGGCGUAAUCGUCCUCGCCGUGGCCCUCGUCCCCAUGCUCGUGAUCAACGCGUUCGCCGAGCCGAUCCUCGGGUGGCUGGGCCAAUUAAGAGGCCAGGACGUUGAUAUCACGCACUUGUCGCGGGAUUUCUCCCGGUUGAUGCUCCCCGGGCUGCCGUUCCUCUUCCUCUACGAACUGGUCCGGAAGGCGAUGCAAGCCCAAAACAUUGUCAAGCCCCUCGUCGCCAUUGCAGUGGUCGGUAACGUCGUCAAUCCCGCAGCUGGAUACGCGCGGGCGUACCAUACGUCUCUGGGCUUCAACAUUAUCGCGGUCGGACGACCGCUCGGUAACAUCACGCUCGCACUGCUCCUCGUACGGUACUUCAUGUGGCGACCGGCUCAACUGCGCCAAUGGUGGGGCCACGAGUGGAAUCUCAAGGCGGCCAAGAGCUACGUCCGGCUCUUCUUACGUAUCGGGGUGCCAGGCAUGGUCAUGCUGGCGGUGGAAUCUUGGGCCUUUGAGAUCCUGGCAAUCCUAGCCGGCGUGCUACCAAACAGCGUAGUGGCCCUCGCAACGCACUCGGUGUUGAUGAACGUCAACUGGAUCCUCUACACGGCGUUCUACGGCGUCGGGGUGGCUGCGACCAUCCGAGUUGGCAACAGUCUGGGCGCGGACCAGCCCAAAAAGGCCAAGAUGGCAUGCUCCUUGUCGCUGGGGAUUACACUCGGGAUCUCUGUCGUCUUCGCCGUGCUGCUCUUCAGCCUCAGCACCUACAUCCCUCUCCUGUUCCUGGAUGGGGGAGGAGAGAGCGCCGACCUCGCGUCCAAGAUCAUGGCCAUGUGGGCGCCUCUCGAGAUCGCCGACGGCCUCAACGCUGUCAUGCAGGGGGUUUUCCGUGGGGCUGGCAAGCAGAAACCUGCGGCCAUCGCCAAUGUACUGGGAUACUACGGAGGAGGGAUCCCGCUGGGUGCAAUCCUGGCUUUCGUGGGUGACCUAGGCGUCGAUGGAUUGUGGUGGGGAAUCGGCUUUGGCAUCACUUCAACGUGGCUGUCUCUCACGUUCCUCAUGCUGCGCUACUGGAAAUGGGACCAACUCGCGGCUGAGGCUCGUCAACGCACUGCGCAUUGA